GCUGAUUUAACACCCGCAUCUGAACUCCCACCCACUACGGGGUUGGCUCUUGCUGCGCUCUCACUGUUCAAAACGAAUGCAUUUAAUAUUAAUGAACUCGUGUAUUGGCUCUUACCCGUGUCAAUCCUAAAGUGCUUCUUCACUAGGUUGGCUGACCCCUUGUAUAUUAUUACUGAGGACCAGGCUAAAAGUAAAAAUGUUGCGGAUCCUCGGCACUGGGACAGGCUGAAUGGAGUCAACGUUGAGCGCAAAUAAAAUCAUUCUACAUUCACCCGGAGCGCACAAAAUAUUGUUUUACAAAAAUCUAGUUGAAACAGCUGGAUACUGAAUGCGCGGGUCAGAGGACGCCACCAUGGGCGUCUUUUGAUACGGGCAUCUUGUAGUUCUCCGUAGACGUCCCGACCCUCAGCCUCCACAUGCCUCCAUCUCCCCUUGACGACAGAAUUGUGGUGGCGCUGCCAAGGCCGAUCCGACCUCAGGAACUCCGACUGCGCCUGGACACCAGCUACCUGGACACCAGCUACCUGGACACCAGCUACCUGGACACUACUGUCACCAGCCCUGUCAGCAAGACAACCGUCAUCAGCACAACGGUGGUGAAGAUCCGGGCGACCAACCUCACUUAUAUGCCCUCAUCUAACGGCUCCACGCGCUCCCUGUCGUGUGGAUGCACCAGUGCCAGCUGCUGCUCGGUCACCACCUACGAGAAGGACAGCCAGCACAACCAGCGCCAGCAGCAGAGCCACGUCAGCCAGGUGAGCGCCAGCAGCCCCAACCUCAGCUAUGCUGGACCCGCCUCCCCCAACCCCAUAGUCACGGGCAUGGGCAUGAUACACCAUGAGGCCUUCAGCGACCCUAGUCUCACCUCUGGCCCAACCAAGGCUCUAGGGUCCACUGUCCGGGUCAUCCACCCCAAUGAGCUGGCCAAGCGGAUGGCCAGGUGCCCCAUGGGCCACCCGGUCGGGCCGGUGCCGGUCAUCAUCGACUGCCGGCCCUUCAUGGACUACAACAAGAGCCACAUCCAGGGUGCAGUGCACAUCAACUGUUCGGACAAGAUCAGCCGGCGACGGCUGCAGCAGGGCAAGAUCACCGUGCUGGACCUGCUCUCGUGCCGUGAGUCCUCCGGCAAGGACUCCUUUAAGGGCAUCUUCUCCAAAGAGAUUGUGGUGUACGACGAGAGUACAAUGGAUCCCCAGAGGGUGACCUCCUCACAGCCCCUUCAUGUGGUCCUGGAUUCGCUGAAGAGGGAGGGAAAGGACCCCAUUGUUCUCAAAGGGGGCCUCAGCUGCUUCAGACAGAACCACCAGAACCUGUGUGACCACUCCCUCCACCUCCACGAAAGCCUGGACGCCGGCAUAGGCGUCAGCGGGGCCUCCGGCCACACGGGGGCACUACCUCACUCCAUGUCCCUGCCCUCCACGCCGGACAUCGAGGAUGCCGAGCUGACUCCCAUCCUGCCCUUCCUGUACCUGGGCAACGAGCACGACGCGCAGGACGCCCACAGGCUACAGCGCUACAACAUCGGCUUUGUACUCAACGUCACCACCCACCUGCCGCUCUACCACUAUGACACAGGCCUGUUCAGCUACAAGCGGCUGCCAGCCACCGACAGCAACAAGCAGAACUUGAGGCAGUACUUUGAGGAGGCGUUUGAAUUCAUUGAGGAAGCACGGCAAGCGGACAUGGGCCUCUUGAUCCACUGCCAGGCAGGCGUGUCUCGCUCGGCCACCAUCGUCAUUGCCUACCUGAUGAAGCACACCUGGAUGACCAUGACUGACGCUUACAAGUUUGUCAAGACCCGGCGGCCCAUCAUCUCCCCCAACCUCAACUUCAUGGGCCAACUGCUGGAGUUUGAGGAGGACCUGAACAACGGCAUCACACCACGCAUCCUCAUGCCAAAGCUCAUCGGUGUGGAGACCAUGGUUUAGGAGGAAACCUGCCAUUCCUGGUUUAGGAGGACAUCCCACUCACUCUACGGGCUACUCUUGACAGGCUGAUUCUGAGAGCAAAAUCACUUUAUUUCAGAAUCUCCUAGUCAUGCUCUUCUGGGACUGUCACAGGAGUGCCAAGGUUCUGGGUCAACGGCGAUGAGAAACACCCCAGAAUACCUGCUGUUCCGAACUGGCUGGCUUCCUGGAGGAACAAGAGUGUUGGGGAGAGAAAACGGUCAGUGGGAAGCUGUCGUGCUUGACCAUGGAGGAGCAAAAACAUGUAA